CGGAGACCUGCUAGAUGGUAUGUAGUUUCCUUUACUGGUUACAUUUAGUAGUUAUCGAUAUUGCAAAAAUAAACCUUAUCCUAAGUCAAGAUUUUGUCGUGGUGUCCCAGACCCAAAGAUUCGAAUCUUUGAUCUGGGUAAGAAAAAAGCAGACGUUGAAGAAUUUCCUCUAUGUGUUCAUAUGAUAUCAGAUGAAUACGAACAGCUGUCCAGUGAAGCAUUAGAAGCUGCUCGUAUUUGUGCAAACAAGUAUCUGUUGAAGCAUUGUGGAAAAGAUUCAUUCCAUGGUCGGAUACGCGUUCAUCCAUUUCAUGUGAUCCGCAUCAAUAAAAUGCUUUCGUGUGCUGGGGCUGAUCGUUUGCAAACAGGUAUGAGAGGUGCAUUCGGAAAACCCCAGGGGACAGUUGCACGCGUUGAUAUUGGACAAGUUAUAAUGUCAGUUCGUGCUCGUGAUCAACAUCAAGCUCAAGUUGUUGAAGCUCUCAGACGUGCCAAAAUGAAAUUCCCAGGUCGGCAAAAAAUAGCCGUGUCACGUAACUGGGGAUUCACAAAAUGGCCUAGAACUAGUUUUAACGAAAUGCGUGCCAAAGGACAACUAGUUUCGGACGGUGUUGGUGUGAAGUACCUUCCUCCUCAUGGCCCCUUAGAACAAUGGAAACAAACACAGGCACGUCUAGCUGGAAUCACUGUAUAAAAAUAAGACUACAAUACAUAUUUGGUAAUAAUUCUUGAAAUUUUCACUCUUUCGACUGUGUGAUUGAUUUAUUAGUCUGUUAGUUCCACUCAAUGCGAUCAUAUGAAAAGCAAAAUUAUACAUCUGAACAUCAUAACAUUAGGUUAUGAAUUUUAUUUGGACACAUAUAUUGAUACAAAGAAACACUGAAUACAUUGCGCCACACAAGUCACAUGGUUUGUGUGUGGGCUGUGAUAC